UGUGAAUUUAGUCUAGAGGACUGCCGUGCAUAUAUAGUUGCUAAGGAGCCAAGCAGAGGAAACAUGUAUAUGCCAAUAUCACGUCUAAACUUACUGCGAUUUUUAACAGCAGUUCUCAACAAUCUGUGAAGAUGGCGACUGAAAACAUUAGUUUCGAGGAUUACCUCGGCCUGCAGGCCUGUGUUGUCGAAUGGGCGGAAAGCUACGAUUCUAAGGAUUGGGAUAGACUGCGGAAGUGCAUCGCGCCAACCCUUAAAAUCGACUACCGAUCCUUCCUCGACAAAAUAUGGGAAGCGAUGCCGGCCGACGAGUACAUAACCAUGAUCUCGAGCCCCACCGUCCUCGGUGACCCCCUACUCAGAACACAACACUUCGUGGGAGCGACCAAAUGGCAAAAGGUUUCCGAUACAGAAGUAAAAGCCACACACCAACUGCGAGUGCCUCACCAGCGAUACACGGACGCAACACUACAAAAGGUCGCGAUGAAGGGCCACGCCCACGGUUCUAACACCCAUUGGUACCGCAAGGUAGACGGAGUGUGGAAGUUCGCAGGACUUGCCCCUGAAAUCCGCUGGAGCGAGUACGACUUCGAUAAGGUCUUUGCUGGCGGUCGUGAGGAGUUCGGCAGUGUAGAUGGGGCGGCGAUAGCCGCCAAGGCCGAGGGUAUCCCUGUGAAGGCUUAAGAAUAUCUAUAAUCUGGGAAGCCUAGGAGCAAGUCAGGCGCUUUUGUAAGUUGAGGUGGCGUACAUGAUGGUCAUGGUUAUUCUUGGAUACUGCUCUCGACGCCCACGAGGCGAGUAGAGCUUCUAGGCCAUAGCAGGUAUAUUAAUUGGAGUUUGGAUGUUUCCCA